CCACCUUCCACCCGUGCUGUCCUUCGCACACCUCUGCGACGGUCUAGGGUCUACUUAUUCCUCUUAUUGAUGAUCACCAUCUCUGCUUAGGCGGCAGUCCAACAGCAGUGAGUGUUCCUGGUCUGGCAGGGAAGGAUCACCUCGCUGUGUCCUCGUUGCGCUGGCCCCACUUCCGUCUGUUAUCUGACUUGUAAUCCCCAGACAUAGGCGUUGGCAGACUCCCAUUGAUUCUUCGGCCCACAUAUCAUUAUCGUUUUCGCCCUAUUCUCGGCCUGCGUCUACCAAAAUGCCUGUCACGCCUUCGUCGCAGCCCCGGACCACGGAUACCCAUGCCCUGCCCAGCAGUGUAUCCUCCAGUUCUUUGACGUCCUCGUUCUCCUCUUCGAGGGCGUCUUCCGACCUCCUCCCCGCAGCCCCGCCCUCUAGUUCAAGUCAGAGCGAUAUCUUAACAUCUGAUCGUUCCGUCUCCUCCCAAACCUCGUCCUCCAAGCCCCGCUUCUUCCCUCUUGCUCUUAACCCCGGCGCUGCUGCUGGCUCUCGUUCUAAGCCUCCGUCCACCAUGGGUCAAAGCCAAGCUCGGCCCGCAGCGCCGAGUCCCCCACCACUGUCGCCGGCCCCCAGCACCACGUCUAGUGCCAGUAAUCGACUGAAGCGCGCGUGGGCCGGCCGGAGGAAGAAGUCGGAAGAUAUCAGCGCGAUGUUCACGUCGACGGACAGGACGGGGAGGGAGAGCGACUGGGAGGGAGCUGCGACGAGGGCCCCGCCAUCAGCGAUGCCCAAUUUCGGUGAGCUGAAAUUGGAGCGACCUCCAUCGCGUGGAGGGGGUGGGCCGAAGCUUCUAAAUCUUCCGAGUGUCUUUGGUGGCCGGAAAGCGAGCCUGCAGAAGCCGCUGCCGCAGCCGGUCCCGGACUUGCGUUCGCCCCCGCCACCCCCGCCUCCACCGAAACCUGCGGCCGCAGCACCGGUGACGAGACUACAGACUGCUCCCGUUCGAUCGUCGAGCCGUGCGAGGUCAUCCGAGGCCGCGGAUUCAGGUGCGUUCGUUGCUACGGAAGCCGCCCCAAGCGCGCAUGACGCCGACAAGGUCAAGGAGACCAAGGAGGACUGGCGGAAGAGCGACGCGACGAUGGCUAGCCAUAGCACGAUCCGUCCAGGCGCACUGUCUGGAAACCGGUCACCACGUCCGGUAUCCCUCGCGGAAUCCUCGCAUUCCGGGAACACGAUCGUACCGCCUGUCAACAAGCGACUGAGCGCGCUCAUCACUGACGCCGAGUUUACCAUGUUCGAAGAGACGGAUGGCACGGUAUCGGAAUGUGAAACGAGUUCUAGACACCCCGCAUCAGGCCGUCCGUCGCCGACUGGCUCGCUGAAGGCUCGCAACCGUCGGUCGGCGUCACUUAGCUUAGUGCCAUCCCGUACGUCUGGCAAGUCGUCGCCUCCUGUAAUUUCUCAGUCGCGCAACUUCACCGACGCCCCGCUUUCCACGACCCGCGAUACGCCGACCUUGACACGUACUGCAGCGGCAGGCAUCAUAUCUCCUGUCACAUCGCCCGGCUCAACUCAGACCACAGGUAACGAUAUUCGUGGUCGCCUUGCAGCCUGGACUGCUGUGCCAGCCAUCGCCACCCCUCCACCUCCGCAUGCCCAAGUCGAACGCCCGCUCCCUAACCUUCCACCACCACAACCUCGUCGACAACCCGGCGCAUUCAUUCCUCCGCCAGUCAACCCUACGUUCCGACAAACUGCAGUAAGCAUGACCGGUAGCCUCGCGCCAGCCGCUGGUCUCGCGAUGGGCUUCGGCAAGCGGGCCGUCGAGAAGGUCGGGCGUGCCUGGGGAGGUCUCACAUCUAGCGCCUCGAAUCACUCUGGUUACUCGUCCUCAUCGUCUACGGGCAUGUCCGAUAGCGCUUCGGUAUAUGCUCCCUCACACCAUUCCGGCCCGACUGGUCGGAAAGGCAGGCGGAAGGCUCCGCACGCUUUCUCCAAUGCGUCCAGCAUCUCGUCACUUACUUCAUCGUCUUCCGAAGACCAUUUUGUGCCCCCGGGUCCGCAUCUCGGAAGACGGCUCCGCGGUCCUAAGCUCUCAAGCUCCGGCUUGAGCAUCGUGGGCGGUCUUCUGUUUAAGAGGGAUCUGCGCUCGGCCGUCCGUGAGACGGCGAUCGACGCUGUCUCAACACGGUUGGCGAGCGGAGAGGAGCAGGCGGAGGUUUUCGGUUUCCGACCGCUGGAGUCCAGGUCACUGCCGGCACUGGUUGUUCGUUGUGCACAGCACAUCUUACGUUGGGGCAUUCAGGAGGAGGGUCUAUUCCGAAUCAGCGGGCGGUCGUCUCAUGUGGCGAAGUUGCGUUCAGAGUUUGACGCGGGCUGCGAUUAUAACCUGAUCGAAGCGGACCCCAGCGAUCUCGACCCGCAUGCCGUCUCUUCCAUCUUCAAGACCUUCUUGCGUGAACUUCCUGCGCCGAUCUUGACAACGGACUUGCUGCACUACUUUGAAUCCGCUUUGGCAGACGAGCAUGGCCGGCGGAUCGAGGACGUCACACAGCAACCACUGCCCUCUCACCCUACGCCUGGACUCCGGAAGCCUCCGUCUCUUUCAACGCUGGCUAUGCCCACUUUCGCUGGCGUUCGCGUCAUCUCUGAGGCUCAACGCACUGCGUUUUCUUGGCUGAUCUCCCAGCUACCUCAAGAGAAUCGUGACUUGAUCUUCACAGUCGUGGAGCUCAUCAAAGCCACUGCGGGGCGCAGUAAAGAGACGAAGAUGCCUCUUGGUAAUCUAAUGUUGGUGUUUUGCCCCAGUCUCAAUAUGAGUCCCUCUCUACUGCGGGUCUUGUGCGAAGUCGAAGGAAUUUGGGACGGACCGCCUGCUCAACCAGCCGUCUUGCAGGCGGUCCAGGAGGCGACUGGCAACAGCCCGGUUGUUGAGGCCCCCGCUCCUCAACACUCGCGCUCAGUAUCGAGAACCAUGACGCCCUCGAUCGACUUGCGUCUGCCAGUGAUCGAGUUGGAUGACGUGCCUGACAACAAUACAAAGGACAGUCCUGACGAUGCUGCGUCCUUUGUUUCUGCGCUGGAGCGGACUUCCAACGGCCCAUCCCGCACACCCAGUCCCCUCAUCUACGGCUCUACCGUCCCUCCUUUGUCUUCCUCCGACUCCCUUGACUCCUCUUCCGUCUCUGAAGAAUUGGUGUCUCCCGACCCUCCAUCCGCGCGAGACGCCGGCGACAGCAAGUCCCUCGCAUCGGCCAACUCCCUAGCAAUCCCAGACACGUCACCGUCGUUCAUCUCUCCUCGCACCAAGAUUGCCGUCCCAUUCCCGUCUGCUGGUGGUAGCGUUCCUCACUCUCCAAUCAAACCUACUGCGCUGUCCCACAAGAAGUCUUUCACGCUUCUCUCCUUUCCCCACCUCCGCUCGGAGUCAGCCCCCAAUGUCACCACUGAAGAUGAGCAGUUGUCUCCGAACGGUCCGCUGCGGCGCGUCAAGCGACCGUCAUUGCACCUGCUCUUCACCAAGAAGUCGACGUCCUCGCUGCCGUCCGCCACGGGCUCUUCAGGCAACACCUCUGCGGUCUCCCUUAGCGCCAGCAGCGCCUGCGCGACCGCCACCAGCACUCGACCUGCUAUCCAUUUCGCGAGCUCGCCCCCUCGAUUGGAUACCUCUAUCUCCUCUUCGCCUAUCGAGUUGGGGUUUCAAGCGAAUGUGAAUCAGCUGAGGGGAACUCGGGAGGUCUCGAGCACCGUUCGCUCGGCGCCCGCUACGGUCGUGGACCCCCUGAAGCUAGACGUCCCCGCUCUUAGCCAGCGCUCAGACUCUGGCGGAUCGUCCGUCUUCUCUACCCCUCAGUCGACACCUAUCGCAGACUUCUAUCGCGGUCGAACGACAUCACUCUUUCUUCCUGACACCGCCGGUGAGCUUGCGCCACCACAGCAGCGGGCGCGCUCGGCGUCGCAGGCGUCGGAUACGCCAUCGAUCGAUGUCGACGUUGCGGAGAUGCAGGACGACUGGACGCGGAGCGUGCUGCUCGCUGCAGAAGCGAGCGGAGAAGCGUCGUAGACGUUUUUCCUCUUCCUAGCCACGUCUGCGGCAGCGGGGGCUGUAUCCACCACCCGCCAGCGUCUCGACAGGACGCCUCGGUUGGGUUGCAUGUACAUAGGAUGCACGCCUCGCAGCUGGCUCUGCAAGUGCCGGCGUGCCGGCGCUGCAUGCGUGCAUCUUGUCAAACCUUUCUUGCUUCGCCGUCUGGCCAUUCGCACGGGGCGGGGCCGGGGUACCCGUCCGUACACAUAUAGCUCUUGCGCUUUUGGGCGUACCAUGGACAUCCGUUCAGUCGUUCGUUCCGUUACUUAUACUGCGAGCCUGUCGCCCCUGUUGUCUCCCUUUACUUCUGAUGCUCUGGCCCUGCCCUCUACGAUCUGCGAUCUGCGCUCGCCCACAGUGUCUUCUCACAUCCGCUGUUGGGUCGCCCGCUCUACAAUUUACACGGUACCACCCGCACAACGCCAACAGGGUCACAACGCCCGCAUGCCGCCGAUGAGACCCAGUCAAUCGCCCUCGCCAUGUCCCGACCCAUAUCAUUCACUUUCUCGCACCAGCAGCUAGCCAGCGUAACGUCUGUGUCGUCGCACUUAUGACAUUACUUAACUAAUAUUACAAUCUAUCGCCUAUCAAUC